GACCAGAGGGCACAUUUCAAACAGCAUUCUGAAGGCCUGGUGGUGAGAAAGAGCAGAUAGAGGUGGCACAGCCCAUAGCAGAGAUGAGGCCAAGGACAAGAAGAGAAUGCAGGAUGCCGCUUUCCACCUAGGGGAAGGUCUCUAAAACAAUUUGUAAAGUCAACAGAUGGGGAUAAGAAUGACCUGAAGCUGGUCGUCUUUGUUCGAAACCAGAAACACUCCUGCCUCAAAAAAAAAACAAAAACAAAAACAAAAAGGGAGGAGUAAGCAGGUCCAUAUUUGUUUCUGGCACGUGAGUGAAGGAAAGGAACUGAAGCCUCCCACAGCCAUAACUGGUCCUGGCAGGAUACCGUCUCGGUCCUGAGCGCCACUGAUCUAAGGUCAUGGCUCCGCUUGCUGCUCCCACCCCCUCCAGUUUAAAACCUGCGGUUCCAGGGUUCUCCGGCCCCUCCCUUUCUCACGCUCCGAAGCCGAGAAGGCCCAAAGCGAAGAUAGAGAGGACCCGGAAGUAGGGAAAACCUCUGAGCACGUGAUGGGGGAACACGCGGGUGCUGUCACGUGAUCCGACAGCCGGCCUCUGCAUAGUGCAGAACGUUCUGCUGCUCUUAAAGACCCUCAUCCCUCCCGUGGGAGCCCCCUUUGGACACUCUAUGACCCUGGACCCUUGGGGGACCUGAACUUGAUACGAUGGGAGGCUGUGCGGGCUCGCGGCGGCGCCUUUCGGAUUCCGAGGGUGAGGAGACCGUCCCGGAGCCACGGCUCCCUCUGUUGGACCAUCAGGGCGCGCAUUGGAAGAACGCGGUGGGCUUCUGGCUGCUGGGCCUUUGCAACAACUUCUCUUAUGUGGUGAUGCUGAGUGCUGCCCAUGACAUCCUUAGCCACGAGAGGACAUCGGGAAACCAGAGCCAUGUGGACCCAGGCCCAGCGCCCAUCCCCCACAACAGUUCAUCACGAUUUGACUGCAACUCUGUCUCUACGGCUGCCGUGCUCCUGGCAGACAUCCUCCCCACGCUCGUCAUCAAAUUGUUGGCUCCUCUUGGCCUUCACCUGCUGCCCUACAGCCCCCGGGUUCUUGUCAGUGGGAUUUGUGCUGCUGGAAGCUUCAUCCUGGUUGCCUUUUCUCAUUCUGUGGGGACCAGCCUGUGUGGUGUGGUCUUGGCUAGCAUCUCAUCAGGCCUCGGGGAGGUCACCUUCCUCUCCCUCACUGCUUUCUACCCCAGGGCUGUGAUCUCCUGGUGGUCCUCAGGGACUGGGGGAGCUGGGCUGCUGGGGGCCCUGUCCUACCUGGGCCUCACCCAGGCUGGCCUCUCCCCCCAGCAGACCCUGCUCUCCAUGCUGGGUAUCCCUGCCCUGCUGCUGGCCAGCUAUUUCUUGUUGCUCACAUCUCCUGAGGCCCAGGACCCUGGAGGGGAAGAAGAGGCAGAGAGCUCAUCCCGGCAGCCCCUCAUAAGAACCGAGGCCCCGGAGUUGAAGCCAGGCUCCAGCUCCAGCCUCUCCCUUCAGGAAAGGUGGACAGUGUUCAAGGGUCUGCUGUGGUACAUUGUCCCCUUGGUCGUGGUUUACUUUGCCGAAUAUUUCAUCAACCAGGGACUUUUUGAACUCCUCUUUUUCCGGAACACUUCCCUGAGUCACGCUCAGCAAUACCGCUGGUACCAGAUGUUGUACCAGGCUGGCGUCUUUGCCUCCCGCUCUUCUCUCCGCUGCUGUCACAUCCGUUUCACCUGGGCCCUGGCCCUGCUGCAGUGCCUCAACCUGGCAUUCCUGCUGGCGGACGUGUGGUUCGGCUUUCUGCCAAGCAUCUACUUCGUCUUCCUGAUCAUUCUGUAUGAGGGGCUCCUGGGAGGCGCAGCCUACGUGAACACCUUCCACAACAUCGCCCUGGAGACCAGUGAUGAGCACCGGGAGUUUGCAAUGGCGGCCACCUGCAUCUCUGACACGCUGGGGAUCUCCCUGUCGGGGCUCCUGGCUUUGCCUCUGCACGACUUCCUCUGCCAGCUAUCCUGAUACUUGGGAUCCUUGGGACGCAGGUCACAUUCACCUGUGGGCAGAGGGGCAGGUCACAUAGCCAGGCCCACCCUAGAGCCCCUCCACGAACUGUGCUCCUGGCCUUUCCAGCAGGGCUGGGAGUAGGGAAGGGCUGAGACCUUGUUCCCCUUGCAGCGGGGGUCAGCCAUUGUCUCCUGCUCAGGGAGUUUCUUCCUGGCAUCAUGCCCUCUGAAUAAAAGCCGAUUUUAUCCAUGGA